UCCCUCUGCCUCAUCUGCUUGGCUGUCAUUUGCAGUCCUCCUUCCUUACAAUUCCACUUAUCGCGUUGUGGUCCCUUUUUGACACGAAAGAAGCUUGGGACUCAGCUUCUGAACAGUUUCUGUACAGUACAGCCCGUACUGUACAUUUAGUUAUCUAACCUCAAGAUACAUCUUCCCAUCUUGAUUCUCUCCAUUUUGUCUAGUGUUCUGCCUUCCUUCGAUCGUCCUUAAUAUAGCUGGACUCCUUCAUCAACUGCCUCGCUGCUCAAAUCUCUCGAUUUCAAUCAGAGAUCCGUUCACAAUACCUUUCUCGAAGCAAUAUACUUCUCUUUCUCCGACUACAAUGACCACUAUUUCGCACCACAUUAUGGAGGACUCCCAGAAGAGGCCGAAGGGUAUCCUCAAGAAUUCUAGUGGCUCGAUUCCGCAGAUCGCACAAGUUCAUGACACCUUGACCGUUCCGCAGAACGACCCCGACGGGGUGGACACCAAGGAGCUGACGCUGCAAAACACUCUACAAAAUGCCGGUCGCCGUCGCUCUACCUCGAACACGCGCCCGGGAUCAUCGUCUCGGCGACAAUCAUUGGCGCACAUCCACGGUCAACCGGAAGAGAACUCGCCGCGCUUGAAAUGGGACGAGGCCAACUUGUACCUGACCGAACAGGAGAAGACGGCCAAGAUGAAGAUCGACGAGCCCAAAACUCCGUUUGCACCCCACUACGACCCUGCUGAGGACGAGGAGGAGCUCGAGGCCGAGAAUACCCUGAUUGAUGCGCAAGAGGUGGUGGUGGAUGAAUUGGACAAGACCAUGAAAGCACCCAAGAAAGGAGUGGCCGAGGAUGAAAUCCCUGACCUGGAGUUGGGCGAGCCGGAAGACUCAUUUGCUGGGGAUGCGCACGCUGGGGCUGAUGACCGAAUUGUGCGCGAGCGGAGCCUGAGCAACGAGUCACACCGAAGCAACAAGCAUGUGGUGAUGGGUGCGGGCGAGGCGAACGGGGAAUUUCAGACCGGGCCCGAUGGGUUGAUCACGUCGCAAGAGGCCGCAGAGAAACAUCGUCAGUUUGAGCAGCACCGCAAGAAGCACUAUGAGAUGCGCAAUAUCAAAGAACUCCUGGCCCAUCCCGAGGUGGAUGAGAUGGAUGAGGACGAGGACGAAACGGAGGAGGCUUCUUCAGCCGCCGCGGCGCCACCGCCCAUGCCCCAGAUCCCAACGCAGUUUCUUAACGGCACCAGAUCUGAUUAGCCCAAGCAACCAGAGGGUUCUCUGCUGUGCUGAUCAUUUCAUCUUCAUUACCUGCUGCAUUCAUUUCUUAGCUGUAUAUUCCCAAGCGUUGGCUUCUGGUCCAGACGGGCCUAUAUGUGUUCUAUGAACUGUAAAUCCUUCACUGUACUUUUCUUCUUUCCCCUUCCAUUCCCCCUUUAUUCUUUCUACUCCUGAGGUUGGAUUGAGCUGGCUAGUCUGAUAGAUGAAAUGGACAUAGCUACCUGACCGCAUGCAUGAAUCCGAAUGAACUUGUUU